CAUGACAGCAGCAGAUCAAAGUGACCGCAAAUUAAGUACCUGUGACAUACAUGUGACAGCAUUGACGGUACAUGUGGACCAUUUUUGCUGAAGUCAGCACUUUAAUAUUGUUAGCUUUGUAAAGUUUAAUAUUAUACAGUUUAUAAAUAAUUAAAGCUAGCCAUGUCAAGUGAACACAUCAAGAUCCUGUGCGUAAAUAUCAAGUCCUCAGAUGCCCCAGGCAAGAUAAAAUCCAAAAUUCUUAAAGGUCUGAGAAAAGCAGAGAAGAAAGCACCCACUCCAUUAUGUGUGUCACAACCAUUACAAUCGUGGACCAAAGAUCUCCACUCUCUGACUGACAUCCCAGCCAGUGAAGUCGUGGACAUAUCCUCCAACUCGCGAUUCAUUGCCUGGCUUCUUAAGGACGGUAGUGUGUGCAGGCUACGGUGUACUUCAUCGACUGUUCCCCCACGAAGAGAUCGGAGUGUUUUGGACUCCAUACAGCGAACCACUCCCUCCUUUCAGGAGCUGAGUGAUGCAGAGUAUGCCCGCCAGUUGCAGUCCGAGAUGAAUAGUGGGCGUGGCACUGGAGACACCGCCCAUAGAGUUCCCCAUCCUGUGUACCCCAUUGAGGAGGACAUUGAUCGAGUCUCUGACGUCAUCUACAUUGGCACCCUCUACGAUAGGAACCCGAGUUACUAUGACAACCUCCCCCUAUCAACAGCGGAGAUUCCCCCACCCUACUCAUCCCUUAACUCGUCCCCCCUCACAGCCAGGGCGACCACCUCCAGGAGGUCCACUGGAGCGGGUAAGAGCAGCAGCCUGAGGGAGAAAGUGGGAUGGCCGGACGUGGGAACACUGGAAUGGGCGUGUCAGGAUUCUUCCAUGAAGUUUGUUGCAAUGGCCAUGCUCCAUUCUGAGAUCUUAUUGGUCGACUCUGAGGGCCAGCUGUGUUCGUGGAGGUGUGAUAGUGUGACUGGUGUGACUGCCCACCCCCUCACAGCCUCACUGGGACUAACAGGGGAGCGUGUGCGACUGAUGGAGAGUGGAGGAGUGCGUGCUUCUAUUGUUACGGAGACAGGGAGGGUGGCAACCUUCUAUGACUCUCUGCUUAGAGAUGUACCUGGUAAAGGUUGUCCUCCGCUAAUCACGUCCCUAUCUCACGAAGCCAAAGCCUUCCCGGAACUCAAAGAUGACCCUGUGACCUCUCUCUCGUUAUCCAGCUUCAUCACCAUAGCUACCACAGCCAGUGAUCGUGUACUCUGGUGGGGUCUCUGUCCAAAGCCACUAGGCCGUAACUCAAGACCCCCUGGAAUGUCUCCACGGGGAGCGAUUACUGACGGUUCCCUGGUAAAGCUCAAGGAUGGUCCUCCAUGUGGCCCUGACACUGUUGUCUAUAGCCAUUCCCCCACCGGCACACCCCUCAUCGGCAAAACCAUAGUCGAGCAAAGCGGAUUGCAAUCACGGUCUUCUGUUUUCAUCAAGGUUUACAAGGACCCGCCAUUGGAAGGCCAAAGUUCAAAAUCAUCUGGUGCCUCUGCUAUUCUAAAAGACAUUGAGAGUUUGUCUAAUUUCGAGAGCCUGGACGUUUGGAAAUUGUCUGAUGUGGUGUUUUUGGACGACUCCCCAGCUGUGUUAGGACAAGUGGUGACCGUAGAUCAGCACCAAGCUAUCGUGGACGUGUCAGGAGAUGCCACCUCAAGCAAAACCUCUCUUAAAGUCUUCAAAACUUCCGAAUUGGAACUGUGUCUAAAUCCUAUACCAUCUUCUUCUAUGACUCACCCACUCUCUGACCAAAACUCCUCCCAGCAUAUAGCGGGGGUGGUCCAACACACACCCCUCCUCAUGUCUUCACCCGUAGCACCUGUUGAAGAAGCAUCAAAAUCGAUCAUCCACGGCUACCGUCCUCUGGCCGUUCAUACCACCAACUCAGGUCCUUCCUUACUACUUGAGAAUGCCUCUAAUGGCAAUGCAUUCCUUGUAUGCUCUGGACAAGCUAGUCACGGGCCAUUUGGUACCUCCUCCUACGUUGCAUUGGGUCUCGGGUCGAAGCCGGUGCGCUCGACUGUAUCGGAGGAGAGCCUGUCAGCGUCUGAGGGGGGACUAACUAGUCGCAAGGGCCACACCUCAUCGUUUGUAAGCUGUCACAACUCACAGCUUCUGUUUUUGAAGGAUACAAACGGACAGUUACUGCCGCUGAUGGAUGGACUCAAGUUACAACCAGACCACACCCCCGACCACAAGACGGGACUAUCGGCAGCGUACAGCUAUGUCCAUUCUCGCUCCUACCUACUGGACAGAGACCAGACAGCUGUCCUGGUCAUGCUCGUUCCUAGAAUGAAGCAACUGCUGUCACGGGUGACCUCUGGUGACCUCCCCUCUGUGCAUUCAUUCCUCACUUCCCUAGAAGACCAGUCUAAGCCAAAGAGAAAGCACUCUUCAGAGGAGAAGGAGGUCCCUGUCUCCAAGAGGCCUCGGCUGGAGUCAGCUGCAGGAGGGGUGUUCUUGGAUACGAUCGAGCCAACCACUUCCAAGAGUGUGGAGAUACCGUGUGAUGUGGAGGAGCUGUUUCAGUGCAUUGAGCACAAUUCCAACAUCCUACACAUCUGCUGUGAGAUAUCAGGACCGGGAGAAGAUGAUCAUGUGCAGUCAUCGACCCUCCCCCUCUCAAAUGGGUGUGGUAGUGGGCGGAGACUAGCCAUUCUAGAGACACUGUUACACUGCACCCACGUCAGACCUCACAUUCUCAAGCUGCUACAAUCGAAAAAUGCAUUUGGCCACACCCCUUUCUACUCGGCCAUUACCAAACAGAACUACUGUGCGGCUCUCAAGAUUCUCGAUUUCGUGACCUCUCUCUCGGACGGUGACCUCCUACAAUCCUCGAUUCUCCCUCCCUCCUCCAACGAGACCACACCCCUCACACAACUGUUUGCCAGCCUCUCCUUGACCUUUGACAUCACCUCUGGUCGUCUUGUUGUCACCAACAUCCCCUCAAGCUAUCGGGCACAAGCCCUCCUGCGACUGUUUCAGCUCAGGUACCCAUCAGUCUACAAGGUGGUGAUCAGUCGUGAGGAAGAGGAGGAGAUGACGUCGGACAGUUCUGGAGAUGAGGAGAGUGGAGACGGAGGACUGUCCUCCAUCAUGCGGACAAGGAUAAGAGGGCGUCGUCAUGGUCCCUAUGGUACCCUCAACUACCACAUCCCCUCCUCCACCAGUCUAAGGGGUGUGGUCUACUUCUCGGAUGUGAGUCAGCUGCGAUCAGCACUUGUGGAGAUGCAAGGUCACCGACUGAGCAUUGGGUCGUCUCGAAACACGGGCUUUGGGCAGUCACAGCAAACCAACAACUUAGUUGUCCAGCUAGCUGAUGUGGAGGAGGAGUCUGUCCCGCCCACUGUGGCCUCGGCUCUCGGAUAUGUUGACACCAAACCCAAGUCUAGAGGAGGGUGCUCCAGUGGGGCCGAGCUAUUCAAUGGAGUCAAACACUCCCACCCCUCCCUGGCACACACCCUCCUCACCAAGCUCCUCUCGCUGGGGGACGUGGUCACAACAGGAGGCAGAGAAACAACACUCUUCUCCAUUGUACACAACACCAAGUGCCUCGAGGCUCUAGCAGAGGUCAAAAAAGGGCAAAAUUCGUCGUCAUCGUCUGAGCCUACCACCAGUGACCCUACCCCCAGUGAAACUCUACCUACUUCAUCCAACCAAGAUAGUUCCUCGUCUCUGGCGCGUGUUUUGUCAAGUGAUCCCGUCGAAAGGCAUGUGUUGGAGAGAACAAGACCUCUAAUGCCCUACACCAAUAUAUCAGACUACACCAGUCUAUCGGAGUACCUCACAAACCUGCCAGAACAGAUGGACCUCUCGCAAAUGGUUAGAAACUUCAGCACCCCCCCUGAGCUAUUAGCAACGUCUGGAGAAGGACUGCUACCUAGUAACAACUCGACAACAGAAGCACGGACCAGUGUACUGGGCAAACCACUCAAGCCGAAAGCGUACAAGAUGACCAACACAGAGUGCAGCUGUCGCAAUAAGGAGGGUAUGAGUGCGAGUGGUGUGGAUCUGUUGCAGCCACUCGUAUCCAACUGGCCCUGUCUCGUGGCAACCAUCUUGGGAUUUUACCCAACCACUGAUGCCUCUAGUGAGUCUUGUGUGUUUGGUUCUGUGCCGUCUCUCGACAGUUUCACAUCUCAUCUCCUGCUCAAUUGCGAUGCCGAGACCGUGACUGUUGUUGUGGACACUAUUCUGGGGAAAAUGAACAAUGCUAUGUCUGUGGUCGGUGCCAACGAUCUGUCUCUGCUUACUAAUGACACUGUUUGGCUUAAAGCUCAGAAUUUAAAGUUGACGGAGAAAAAUGUCGCUCUGAUAGUUGGUCGUCGUUUUGUUGAGUCAGCAGUUCGUGUGUUGGCUAUGAACCACAGUCGGGCUGACAAUACUCGGGCAACAUCACAACAACCAAGACCCUCAGACGGUGGCAGAAGCACUGAUUGGACGGAUGCCAAUACUUCGCAGCAAUCAUCAUCCAGAGCCGGUGGAGGUCAGAGUUCACAGAGGGGGGCUUCCUCAAAGGAAUUCUCACAGACGUUAUGGUCUGUUCUCUCUCGGUUCUCCUGGCUAUCGGUGGCCAGUCUAGUGGCAGCUGCCGAGGCGUCCAUUGCUCCCGUUAGACUGGGUGUGGCCAAACCACUUGGGGCCAGCUCAGUGGCUUCAGAGUAUCAGCAAGCGUCGUCAUACGGCUACACCCCCUCGUACUCCAGACGGACCUCGACCCCAGGCUCUGCCCCUCAGUCGCUGUCACGACUCAUCCACACUCGUACGGCUCUCGGACGGUCCUCCAAGUCAGCUGACACCAGCGCAGACCACCCUCCCUCAACUGGUGUAGUCCUGACUCCGAUGCCGUGUGGAGGUGUGGGGAGUGAGGGUGGUGAGGGGGUGGAGAGUGACGUCGAGAUGUCUGAUCAGGAUGAGCCGUCUCGAUCAAGUGCUCCAGUGGAACGAGUGGAUCCACACAGUUUCAAUAUUCCCACUCAAUCUAUUCCAUUCCCAUUCCUGGAUCUGGACACGGACCAAUCAGACGAUGAGGAUUUCCCGCCAAUGCCCGGGGCAAUGUACCAUUUUGAGGCCGAAACUGUCGUCCAAUCAGAAGAGAGCGAUGAUGAGAGGCUGGAGGAUAUUUACCCGUACGCCUGGGCCCUGGAUGGACGGAGAAUCGGGGAGACCAGCUCCAGGAGCAACCAUCAGAACGUCAUGGCUAACAUUACUCUGGGCAGUGCAGAGGCUAUGAUCCCGUUGGCCAGCAUCCCCAGCAUCAGGUUCGGCUCUGGGUUUCUAGCACGAACAUUUGCCAGGCUGGUCAAGGACUUAGUGGAUAUUGCCAAGCAUGUCUGUGACAACCAGUCUACUGAAACCUCACUCUCGUUGCCGCUGGGUACUGGUAAGCUGUUGAUUCAGCGAGGGAUGGAUACGCUAGACAAGACUUGGGGAUGGGUGGUCAGUGUGUUGGACGUUGCAGAAGGUCAGCUGCAACGUGGCGAGCAAUUUGACACAGAGCGUCAUGUGAUGUCACUGCGUACUGGAGGCAGGCCAGGUGGAAAUGCUCGACGCUCUGGACGGACAUCACGUAGUUUUGUGGGCUCCACACCGAGCGAGUACAUUGCUUACCUCAUUCGCUCUCACACGCACGACGGCCAUCAGAGUCUACCAGUACUAGACCUCUACGGCUACGAGCAUGUAGUGUACUGUCUAGACGGGCUCCUCUACCUCCUGGCCCACCUCCCUAUGAAGCCCCUCUCCACGCUCAUCUCCAGUCAGCCAACACUGGAUCAAACACAAGAGGAGAAAGAAACGGUCACCUUCUUCACCAGAACUGAGUCUGUGAGUGCCAACUCUGAGGAGGAAGUUCAACGGUCAAACGACCAAUUCUUUGGUGAGGAGAAAGGAGUGUUUAAUCGUCCGGUGGAGACCUACCCCCUGGCCAAGCAGCCACACCUACUACAGCCGUACGCACAAAAGGAGCAGCUGUUUGGCAGUGGGGGGCGUGACAGUGUGGGGGCUGACGGUAUGGAGACUGGCAAAAAAAUACUGCCUGUGAGCUACUCAAGGAAUGACUCGAGGUACAUUGUACCUAGUUCCAUCUCCACGAGUUGGACCACUGAGCAUGUGCACCAGAGGUGGAGUGCUGCCAUUAGUGUAUUUGCUCAUAUUUUCCUGGCUGAGGGGCCCGGGGGUGAAAGGUCAAACUUCCUCAAUUCCAAGGCUGGAUUUGCCAGCAGGAUGGCAAGGUUUCGUCAUCAGGUGGCACAGCUGUUCAAUGAGUCUCAGGUGUCACGUGACUGGUCUCGGACGGUGUCCAACACGUUCUCCAUCCGAGUGAGGAGAGAGCACCUUCUGCAAGACUCCCUUGACAUGUUACUAGCAAUGUCUCGGUUCCAUUACUCUUCCAUCCGUGUCAAGUUCGAGGGGGAGGAUGGUUCGGGACCAGGUGUGAACAGAGGUUUCUUUGCCUCUCUGGCCAACGACCUCAUCAACUCAGACUUCACCAAACCCCCGAUUAACAAGUUGGGACGCCUCCUGCAUCAGCCCGGCAAGCUACCAGAGCAGCUGGGGAUGUAUGCACCAUGUCCAUUUUUGGCCCCUCUCUCCACACCGCAGACAAAGAUUGCCAACCUCAAAGCACAACGGCGAUCAACAUUUUUGUCAAUUGGUCGAUUUUUUGGCCUCUGCCUGUGGUUCAAGUACAACAUACCCCUCACUAUGUGUAGGCACGUGGCCAAGUUUCUAUUGGGAAAAGAUGUUGCUUGGCAUGAUCUGGCUUUCUACAAUGCUGACCUGUAUGAAGGAAUGAGAAGAAUGAUGGUUGAUAUGGAGGUGGACAAAAAAGAUAGUGAAGAGUUCAUUGCUACUUAUGGCUGUUACUUCGAGGCACCACUAAGUGGCCAGUUUUCUGAACCAGUGUUGGUGGAUCUCAUACCAGGUGGCUCCAAGAUCCCUGUGGCUCCAGACAGAGUCCACGAGUAUGUGAGACUGUACGCCAUGUUCACGAUGGUUGGCUGUGUGAAGGCUGAGUUGGAGGCCAUGAAAGAAGGGCUCAAUGACGUGGUACCCCCAGAGCUACUCUCCUCUCUCACUGCAGAGGACUUUCAAUUGCUGCUUUCUGGAGGUUCCAUGGACAUAUCUAUUGCAAGACUGAAGACUGUCAUUAGAUUCAACCACACACAUGGGGGCUCCAACCAGUUCAAACAGAACUUUGAGAGGAUGUUUUGGCGAGUGGUGAAACACAUGAACAACACUCAGCGUCAGCAGCUGCUCUACUUUUCCACUGGCUCAGCAGCUCUCCCGGCAACUUCAGAUUUCACAAACGCUGACACUCCCAUAGCAAUAACUAUUGAUGUCAUUAACAGCUCUGACGUGGACUCCCUCCCUGUGGCCUCCACCUGCAGUCAGAGAAUGUCCCUCCCUCUCUACCCCUCCUACACCAUACUCAAGAAAAAACUGCUUCAGGCCAUUCAAUGCCAGGCUUACGGCCUCGGAUAAUCCCACCAUGCAGUUCCCACAUUUCCCAAUUUUUGUUAAGUAAUCUACAAUUAAUAAUGAUGAUUUAUUAUUGCAAAUAAUUCGUUAUCAUUG